AUGCCAGCCAUUUUGGUCACCCCCAAGAUGAAGUCAGGAUUGCCCAAGCCUGUGCACAGCGCUCUGCCCAUUCCUCAGGCUCACAUUCAGACACGGAUGACUCAAAGCAGCGGUGCGAAGCUCACACACCACUCCAGUCUGAGGAGAAGCAGCCAGGGCACCGGCGCACCGCAGAGAAAGAGCCAAACGGCCAACGAAACGUCUGCAGAUCCACAGAUUUACACAGACUGGGCAAAUCACUACCUGGCAAAGUCGGGUCAUAAGCGGUUGAUCAGAGACCUUCAGCAGGACAUAGCAGACGGAGUACUUCUGGCUGAGAUCAUCCAGGUUGUAGCUAACGAGAAGAUCGCCGAUAUCAACGGCUACCCUGAAAGCCGCUCUCAAAUGAUUGAGAACAUAGAUGCCUGUCUCGGCUUUUUGGCAGCUAAAGGAGUGAAUAUAAAGGGACUCUGUGCUGAAGAGAUCCGCAGUGGCAAUCUGAAAGCCAUACUGGGCCUGUUUUUUAUCCUAUCACACUACAAACAACAGCAGCAACAUGCAGCGCUGAAACAGGCCAACGACGUGACCCCCAUCCUCCAGACUGUCCGUGUCCGGAGUGCCAGUCCUGCCCAGGGACACUCCCCUUGGUGCACUUCAAAUGCACCAACCUGCCCGGUCCACGUCCACGAGCACGAGCCACACAGCACCAGUAAAUCUGUGCUCAAGACUCAAGAGGACAUGCAAUCCAGAUUACCAGGUCCAUCGAUCCAGCCCAGGAGAUCCAACAGCAGACGCAGCCAGAGUUUCAUACAUCGUGACGAGUCUAAAACCCCGAUGUUAACCUCAUCGCAGAACACAGAUAAAUCAAGUCCAUCUCCAGUAAUGGUUGACCAAGGAGCUCCUAGUUCUUUUGUUCUUCCAUCCAGCAGCACCACUGGCACCAGCAGCACAAAAGGAUGGAGGAGCAAGUCUCUCAAUGCCAAGCACAGCACCACCUCCUCUUUUAUUUCUAUCAAACAGCCCACCUCAUCUUCUCUGGAGGUUCCUCCCAAAGUCAUUGCCCAAAAGUCCAUGUUAGACAAGCUGAAGCUCUUCAACAGCAGACCCUCUUCUCGAGCAUCCAGUGUCACAUCUCUAGAAGAUCCUGAAGCUUCCAACCCAGAUCUGAAUGAAGCAAAUGUUUGUCCUGUCCAUCCUGAAGCCCAUCUGGUAAACCAGCAACCUGCCAUGGCAAGCACUUCCAGUCCUAAACUGGCUCUGAAAGGUAUUGCACAAAGGACGCUGAGUAGGACACUGGUGCCCAAAAUCAAGGCUGCUGAAAAGGAUAAAGAGAAAGUAAAAACAAAAGGUACAGAUAAAACAACAAAACGGUCUUCUGGCAUUGAGCAAGAUCGGAUUAUGGAAGAACGAGAAGUAAUCAGGGCUGAACCUCAAACAUUGGCUGAUGGUAAAAAAUCCAGUUUGAUUCCCAAAGGUACCAAAAGCCAUAGCAAUGCUAAGAAAGAUAGCUCAUCACAGAGUAGUAUACCCAAACCAGGGCAAACCUCUAAGCUCUCAGGGAUGGGAAAGAACUCAAGUUCUCUACCUGGUGGAAAAGUGGAGCCUUCUCGUGGUAUUAGAGCUGGAGGUGGUGCAGUGGUGCAGAAAUGUCUGACGGAGGGCAAGAACUCUAACUCUGCUUUGAGUUUACUGUCGACAGAAGGACGGCCAAGCCGAAACAGCUCGAAUAGCACAACUCAGACCAGCAAUACAAGCAACAUUCAGCUUCCACAAACACAGCACAGCCAUCCUAACACAGCUACAGUGGCUCCCUUCAUGUACAGGUCUCAAACAGACGUGGAUAAGAGUAGUGUCACUGAUGGAGGAGAACAGAAGAAUGAAAAAUCAGUCCUUCUCAGCAGAUCCAUCCACACGUCUCUGGAAAGCCUGAGAGGUGAGGAUUCUGAAAGCAAGAGACUGAGGACAGUAAAGAACAUCGCUGAUUUGAGACAAAACCUGGAGGAAACCAUGUCCAGCCUGAGACAGGUCACUCAUAUCAGUCACAGCACCCUGCAGACGACUUUUGAUGCCUGCAUAACCACAGAGAUCAGCACGAAGGGCUCGCUCACCCUCGCCCCCUGCUCUCUCUCAGCCUCUCCAUGGCGACCGGUUACAUCUGGUCCACGGCUGCAGGCUGGCGACGCCCCCUCAUUAACUAGUGGGUACAGUUCUAGCAAAGCAGAGAUCCUGGAUGGCAUGACAACAGACAGCGCUGGUUACGUGAGUGAUGGAGACAUCCUGGGAAAGAGUGUCAGGAUGGACAGUGUCACCAGUGGCUACAUGACAGACGGAGGACUGAGUGUGUAUAAACGUCGGACACACAAACACUCCUCCACGCUCCUCCACUGUGAGAGCCAGGCUGACAUUGACAGCUGGGACGACAGCAGUUCAGUCAGCAGUGGGAUCAGCGACGCUCUAGACACAGAUGAACUCAACACCAGCUCGUCUCUCAGCUCCUACGUCAACACUCCAUCUGCUCCACGCAGGGACAUCGAAGAGCAGCUCCAGACAGACGCAGAGAAGCGUUCUGCCAUUGGAUGCAACUCGAUCUGGAACGACGACCUCAGGCGCCCAGACGGCUGCUCGGACCCAGGCAUUGAGAUGGAGACCAGCUCAAAGUGGUGCAACCCAUCUGAUUUUUCAGAUGAAUCAGAGCGCAGUUUGACCGUGCGCAAAACACAUGGCAUAUCUCAAACAGGUUCUUGGAGGCGGGGCAUGGGUGCCCAGUUGGGCAUUACCUGUCCAAGAACUAAGACUUCAAAUGCAACAAACUGCAGUCCACUGAAAAUCCAUAGUAAUGGCAAAACAGACGACGCCAAAGUGUCCGAGAAAAGUCGUUUCUCACCACAGAUACCUACAUAUGAAAGCAAAAAGCUGCCCUCAGGCUCCAGCUCCCACACACCCACCAACACAUUUGGCUUCAAGAAAACCUCCAAUGCAGCAACAAUAACUGCCAGUGGUGCGGUCAUAACAAGCGGCUCUGCCACUCUGGGGAAGAUUCCUAAGUCCAUAGGCUUUGGAUCAUCUCAUCUAGUGGGUAAGCAAACUAGUGUUGAUGAUGGGUACCUUCCACCAAGUACUCGAACCACCCUUCAAUACCGGAGUCUGCCUCGGCCUAGUCGCUCCAACAGCAGCAUGAGCACUACUCGUGUUACCAGUCGCUCCAUUGAUGCUAGCUCCAUUAGCAAAGGCACAGCCACUCUACCCAACCCGAAGAGACGUAGCCUGGCCAGGUCUAGUGCCAACCAAACAGACAGAGAGAAGGGAGUGUUCUCAGACCCGGAGAGCCUUGCUUCAGGACCACUAAAUAAGGCCAGUGGUGGUGCUCAGUGCCAGUCAGGUAGACAGACAGGAGGGAAGAGCUCAGGUACAUCAUCUCCUACCUUGCGCAGACUCUGUGUGGGUAAACCAGGCACCAAACCGACCCCCAUCACCACCUGUGACAACAUGAAGACCUCCACAAUUAUCUCCAACCCACAGACAACUUUCAUUCAAACCUGUACGCUGGAGACACCACCACUUAAUAACGGAAGCACACAUGGUCUCCUGCAUGGGGAAAGUCUACCAGUUAUGCAAAACUCAAAAAGCAAUAACAGCAUGAAGGUGUCUCUGUGCAAAGAGGAGAUGCUUUCGGCAUGCCGGGCCGGCCAGUCAGACAGGUACGCUCACCUGGCACAAGGUCGUGGAACAGAAGACGCUCGUGAUUGGCUGAACUAUCAUCCGAAUGGUGGAAUUCAGGACUCAACAGUCUCCUCUCACUUUUCACCUGCAUCCACCCUCAGCUCACCUUCUGCAACACGCUUCACCAACAUCGGCAGUCCCACCAAUACUGCGCAGAUAAACCUGGCAACCAUGCGGCCCUCUGGCAACCAUUCUAAUCAGGAUGGGUCACAUGAGCAGCACACAGAGUCUCGUCUACGCAAUGCCACAAUCACUCUGGUGGAGAAAAACCGCACCAUGAGCAGCUCUGGGUCUUACCGUGAGGCGCUGGAGGAAGUGCAUGGCUCUUCUCUGUCUCUGGUGUCCAACACGUCUUCUGUCUACUCCACGCCUGAAGAGAAGUCUCAGUCAGAGAUCCGAAAGCUUAGGAGAGAGCUGGAGGCAUCUCAGGAGAAAGUGUCAACGCUCACCACACAGCUAAACGCCAACGCUCACCUGGUAGCAGCAUUUGAGCAGAGCUUGGGCAACAUGACAAUCAGAUUGCAGAGCCUAACCACAACAGCAGAACAGAAGGACACAGAGCUGAAUGAAAUGAGGAAGACCAUCGAGCUGUUGAAGAAGCAGAACACCGUCGCGCAGGCUGCCCUCAGCGGAGUCGUUAACACACCAGAGACCCAGAAGAAAGACUCCUCCAACGGUUCUCCUCUCACAACAUCAGCAGCAGCUUCAGACCUGCAGAUCCAGCGCCAGCCCUCUACAGACAGCGUGUCUAGCCUCACCAGUCACUCCAGUCUGGAGCUCGACGCCAACAGCAAAAAGAAGAGGAAGAACUGGCUAAGGAGCUCCUUCAAACAGGCCUUCGGUAAGAAAAAGCCAUCGAAGUCGGCCUCGUCUCAUUCAGACGUCGAGAAGAUGGACGAGUCCUCCAUGCCUUCGUCACCCAGACUACCUUAUGGUUGCCACUCCGCUGGGACGUCACUCCUCCGGCACUCGCACUCCAACUCACUCCCUCUCCUUUCUUCGUUCUCCAUGUAUGGAAAUGGUUGGGGCUCUAACAGUGCUCCCAUCAGGACCAGCUCUCUGGCACGGAUCUCGGAGUGUACAGACUGUGAGACAGAGACGGUCAUGCAGCUGCGCAGUGAGCUGCGUGAUAAGGAGAUGAAGCUGACUGACAUCAGACUGGAGGCUCUAAGUUCCGCCCAUCAGCUCGACCAGCUCAGAGAAUCCAUGAACCGCAUGCAGGUGGAGAUGGAGAAGCUGAAAUUGGAAAAUGAGCGUCUGAGAACAACCAGUAGGGGGAGCUGCAGCACAACCACAUCUCAAGCGUCUGUGUGUCCUUCGGCCCUCGGCUUGUCCUCUCAGUCAAGUCUCACAGAGUCUACCAGCCUAGACAUGCUGCUGGAGGACAGUGGAGAUGGCGGCUCUCGUAAAGAUGGACAUCACGUUAAGGUGGUCGUGAGUCUGGACAGAAAUCCGGAGUGGAAAGAGGAGUGCAAGCAACACGACUUCCUGAUCGGCUGCAUCGGCGUCAGCAGUAAAACCAAAUGGGAAGUUCUGGACGGUGUCGUCCGACGCCUCUUCAAGGAAUACAUUAUCCAUGUAGAUCCAGUCUCACAGCUGGGCCUGAACACAGACAGCGUGCUCAGCUACAGUAUCGGAGAUGUUCAGCGCACCAGCGAAGCCGACACGCCGGAGCUGCUGCCCUGUGGCUACCUGGUGGGAGACAGUGACACCAUCUCCGUCAGGCUGAAAGCUGAAGAGGAGCACAGUCAGGAUGCGUUGGUGUUUGAGACACUCAUCCCAAAGCCCAUCCUGCAGCGCUACGUUUCUCAGCUCCAGGAGCACCGGUUCAUCAUUCUUUCUGGACCCUCCGGCACCGGGAAGAGCUUCCUGGCUACGAGGUUGGCGAAGCACGUGGUGCUGAUGGAGGGACACGCACUAAACAAACAGCUCAUCACAACUUUCAAUGUGGACAACAAGUCCAGCAAGGAGCUGAAGCAGUACCUGUCGAACCUGUCUGAGCAGUGCAGCAGCACCGGAAGCACUCGGGCCGUGGAGGCACCUCGAGUCAUCAUUGUAGAAAACCUGCACCAUGUCGGCUCUCUGAGCGAGAUCUUCAACGGUCUGCCGAACUGCAAACACCACCGCUGCCCCUAUAUUAUUGGCACUAUGAACCAAUCCUCAUCCUCCACAUCCACAAAUCUGCAGCUUCACCAUAAUUUCAGAUGGCUCCUUUGUUCCAAUCACACCGAACCAGUGAAGGGCUUCUUAGGUCGUUUUCUGAGGCAGAAGCUUCUGGAAACUGAGAUCAGCAGUCGCACACGUAAUGCCGACCUGGUGAAGAUCAUCGAGUGGAUCCCGAGUGUCUGGGAGCAUCUCAACCGCUUCCUGGAGACACACAGCUCCUCUGACGUCACCAUCGGACCACGUCUCUUCUUGUCCUGUCCCAUGGAUGUUGAGGGUUCUCAGGUGUGGUUUACAGACCUGUGGAACUAUUCCAUCAUUCCCUACAUGCUUGAGGCUGUACGUGAGGGUCUGCAGCUGUACGGCAGAAAGGCAUCAUGGGAGGACCCUUCUCUCUGGGUGUUGGAGAGUUAUCCGUGGCCUCCUGGCCUCCAGCAGCUCCAGUGUCCUACUCUUCUCCGGCUGCGGCGUGAGGACAUUGGAUUUGACAGCUUUCCUCGAGAACCUGGCUCUCAGAGCACAGAGAUCACGCCGGACGGGGCAGAACGUGACCCACUGAUGAAUAUGCUAAUGAGGCUAAAGGAGGCGGCUCACUGCUCCGGCCCUCCGAGCGACGACAGCGACUCCCAGCAGCACCAGUGAUGCCGAGGAAGUCUGCGAUCUGUGGCUGGAAUCUACACUGUGAACAACACGGCAAUGCGUCUUGCUCUCACAACUGUGUAAUCCGUGCAGGAAGCAUCAAGCAAUUUACUGAUAUCACUGUGGCCUAAACUUCAACAUAGGAGUCAUCGCUACUAGAAAGAUGCCCGUCGUUUUAACCGCGCCCCUUGUUGACUUUUCGUAACAAUUCAGAACUAUUUAAUACAAUGACUUUUGUGACAGUAGAACAGAAAUUGUGCUCUUAAUAUCAAUUUGUGUAGCAAUUCGCACACGCUGUUUCCUGUGAAACUUUUAUACACACAAAGUGCCAUAAAGCUGCUAGCCAUGCUAUAACUAGCCAUCAUGCUAGCUUGAAAAUCAGCCUUAGCUCGUGAGUGAAAUUAUGCAAUUCUUGCACGGCGCUUUCGACGAACGGAGAGAGAAAAAAAUCCAAACGACACCUUUAGGAUCAUUCUUUGUUAGCAACAACAUGCUAUCCAGCUAACUUUAAACUGCGUAGUCAUGCUAGUGAUUUACUAUUUACGGAGUUUCUUUGGUGAUUGUUGCAGUCAAAUAUACUUGAUUUUGGGAGCUUUGGCUGAUUGCGUGUUGGGAUGAUGUCACACAACAGAAAUUGUUACAGUAUGCAAAUGAAGGCUGCACAUCACAGGGUUAUAGAAUGUUUAAAUGGCAUAUUCCACAUUUUGAUUUGCAUUUCCUGUUAUACCACCAUAUUAGGGUUUGUUUAAAAUGCUCAUCAAAAGAUUAUUUGGUCAUUUGACCAUAUUAUAAAAUCUCUCCACUUUUUUUUUUUAAUUUUUCAAAAGAAACUAAAGUCGGAUACAUGUGCGACGUAUAACGCGAUGCUGAGUCGAUCCAAAAAGUUUAAUUGAUAAGAAUUUCAUGCAAAGAAAUGUUAAGGAGAGAAUCAACACAGUGUGUGUUCAAAGCAGUAGUUAUAUUUUUGGGGUGUAGUAUUUUUUUUGGGCAAGCGCACACUAGAUGCCGCCACCACCGUGUUUCUUUCUCGAUGCGGUUUCUCAGGACUUUGUGCCACAGCCUCUGUAGUGUCUGCUUCAUUAUUUUCCAGAAAUGCCUUUCAUGACAUCGCGGUUUCAUGAUAUCAAUUCUUAUGUUUCAUGACAUCGCGGUUUCAUGACAUCGCAGAUCAUAUAACAAGCCAUUUUAUACAUUUCAAUAGACUUUUCUUGCACGUUCACAAUCGAUCUUCAUGUCAGCUUCCGUACACAGCUGGAACAUCGUACGUGGUGCUAGCAUUUCCUAAUGCCUUACUACUUUUGUAUCCACAGCAGAAAUCUUAAAUGCUGGAAAUGUUUACACCGGAUAACCACCUUGAGAGCGACUUUAAGUGGUAUUUCUUUUGUUGAUAUCUUUGUAAUCAAAGAGAAACAGGAGUUCGUUGAAUACCUGUUGAGGUCAUCAUAAUGGCUGCUUUGUGUUUACAUGAGAAGCGAGGAAGUGCAAAAGAAGGUGCUGUGUUAUACCUCUCUAAAAGGAUGAGGGUAGUUUUAAUGCUGGAAUACCGUAAAUCAUUGAUGCUUCCAGUAUAAUGGCACAUUUCAAAUAAUUCCUUUUUAUCACGGUGCUUUAGAGGAGCAGUUAGUCAUUUUAGAUUCGCUGUGAUUUCAAAUUACAAUAUUCAUGAAUAUUCUUUUCCAGCUUAGCAAAGCUCCCUCACUUUGUGAAAACAUGAUGUACCGUGUGUGUCGUAGAAAUCCAAACGACCCAGGUGCAUUUCUAUUUAUCAUCUAAUAUCACAGAUGAUGAUUUUUCUGAGAUUUUAUUGAAAUGGUGUGAUUAUUACUCAGGUCUCAGAACUCGUUCAAAAGUGACAAACUGCUCCUUUAAUCUCUGGGAAUUCACUGAGACAGUGAUAACUGCCUGUUUUGCAAGAGUCACCUUUGUUUGAAUGGAGAGUUGGAUUGUGUGAACUGAUUAUGUGAAUUUGCUAGCAAAAAGAGAAAAAGGCCUCUUGUUUUACAUCGUCGUACACAGAAGCACUUUGAAGACACACACAUAUACACAUACACACACACACACACACACACACACACUCAACAGACUUGGCACUCUUUCGCCUAAUCUAAAGUCCUCUAAGCCAGAGUGAUUUUCUUUCUCCCGAGCCGAGUGCCGGCGUGUCUAGUGGCCCAAUCUGAAGAAUUAUCCCGCCGUCUAUUUUCACGCAGUUUCAAAGGAGCACUCUGCACUGCCUUUGUUUAGACGUCUGCACUUUGUUCGCUGGAGAAAUGAAGUUUUUCAAGCUGUCAUGUGACGCACGAUGUCGGACUUGUGAUGCCCAGCUUUUCUCAACGGACCUUUUGAUUAAAGAGACUCUAUGCAAUUUAUCUUUUUUAGUUGUGCUUUCUCAUACUGACGUAUUGUUCAACACAUCUUGUUAAUACUUCUUUUUUCACACAUAUUAGUUUAUUGUUUUUUGUUUUUUUAAUGUUCCGAUGGUAAAUGAAAGCGGAAAGAAAAAACCUGCUCUGUGAAAUGAACGUUAAGUUGCGUAAUGCCAUGUUUUUCAGUUUGUGUAUAAUUUCCCUUGUACAAUAUGUGAGUAAAUUUGAAACCUUGUACCACAAAUCGAAGAUGUUGUUUAACAAUUCUUUAAAGUAAAUAGAUGUACAGAUGACUUUUCUACCGCUUUGUACAGUCCGUUCUCUUUUAUAUUUUCAAUAGAUUGUGGGUCCUUAAAACUAAUGAGAAUAAAAAUGCUAACUCUC